AUGUUCAUCGGCAUGAGGAACCUUUCAGAGCUGGAUCUUCCCGAAAACGCCCUGACAGUGCUUUCACCCAAUGCCUUCAAACCUUUGAUUGCGCUCAAAGUCUUAGAUCUUUCCCUGAAUCGCAUCCAGAAGAUGUCUCCAAAGGCCUUCACUGGAUUACGACAACUCAUGUUCCUCAACCUGGACAACAACAGUCUGAAAACUCUUCCUGCUGGAGCUUUCAAGCCACUGAGCUCUCUGCAGAUGCUGGUUCUUGACAACAACCUUCUGUCGACCCUGAGCACGUUGAUGCUGGGUGGCCUGGGUGUGCUGCAGGAACUCUACUUGAGGAACAACGAUCUGGAGCAGCUGCCACCUGAUGCGUUCAAGGACAUGCCCAAGCUCUCUCAACUGGCUCUCAGCGGAAACCGCCUAAAGGCAGUGGACGGAAACACGUUGGCCCGAAUUCCUUCCCUGAUGAAGUUGCACCUCCACGACAAUCCAUGGCAGUGUGACUGCAAUAUCAUCCAGCUGGUGCAGUGGAUGAGACAAACCAACGUAACCCUGUCACCUCGGGAGGCCCUGAAGUGUGAGAGUCCUCCUGAGGUCCGGAAGAAGACCUUAAGCAGCCUCCAAGAAUCCAAGCUGCUUUGCCUUGCCUGACUUCAGAAACCCAACAAACCCUGAUUGUUUUUUUUACUACUUC